GUCGGCCAGCAGCGCGUCGCGCGUAUUUAAGUAUGCGGCACGCUGAAAGUGUCGAUACACGUGUCAUUAAGUCGAGGAAGCUUUUAAAGCGAACCGUGUUUAUGAUUAACCAGACAUCGUGUUAAAGUCGUUCGACAACGUUUGAUAAAAUGUGUGGUAUUACGUACGCUUAGACACGAAGGACAAUCGUAUCAGCAAUUACUACAGUUAGGCUAGGCGCCUUUAAAAGCCAGUUUAGGAGAAAUCAAACUUCAAAUCCCAAUUCCCACUCUCAUUUUAUUACCAUGCUAUUAAAAUUUUCCUAUUUUUAUUUAAUGCCCAUCGCUUAUGGUCAAAAUUCCUCAUUUGCGUUCUUUAAUUUCCUUCAUAUUUGACACGUUGUUACAUUUAAUGAUACAGUAUUUGACACAAUGUCACAAGACUGAGUCUGAUGAUCGCGUGUGACCUUUCGUUGCAAUUUUUCAUAGGACCUUAUCGACCGAGCAGAAUUUUUCAAACACUCUUUAAGUUGCGGGACGAAGGGAGGCUGGCUUAGUAAUUCAACCGAGCGUGCAAAAUAUUAAGUAACUGUUUCCGAGCCAUUACCCCGGCGCGCUUUCAACACCAUAUAAAAACGCGUCCCACGGGUCGUACGUUGAAUACGUCCCCGGAUUAUGCGUUGAUGAUCGCGUCGAUUAUCGCUACACUCUGUGAAAAGUUCAAUUCAACCGAACUGCUUCUAGUCAAGUGUAACUCCACGUGCUUUGAGCUGCGACAAAUGAACUAUUUUUCCCGUCACGAGAGUCCAAACCAUUUUCACGCAGCUUGGAGGUAGUGGGGAUGACCAAAAAAAUAGAUUUAAGUAAUAGCAAAAAUAUGGAAAGGAUUAGAAAAGUGGUCUUUGCGCAGUUAUGGAGUCUCGUGACGGCUGAUAUAAAUCCACGAUGGCGUAUCAGGUUUAUUAUAUUUAUUAUACUAGAUUCGAUGAAGAGAAGAUGUUUUGCCAGGAGUAGCGGUGCGUGGCCGAUUGAAUCGGGGCAGCCGAUUUUAAUCCGCGUGCACAACAAAGCCGCGGAUCGAUGAACUUAUCGACUCCCUUUAUGGGUCAGUCGGAAAUGUCGUCAGAAUAGCCGCACGACUGGCUAAGGCCGUCGGAUACAAAUUCGCCGAUACUCCUCGCGUGUCUACGGUACGCUCGUUCCGCCAAACAAGGAGUAAAGUCCUCGGGGAGAUAAGAAUGAAAAAUGUAUACAUUUAUGUACGUAGAUACAUACGUAUGCGAUCGUUCAUGGUAUUUUUAUAACAGGCAACCUACCCCGCCCUGCCAGCUGCAUUAUUAAUUGUUUCGUUCGCGUGCAAACUGUUGCUCUCCCGCUGAUACAGAUUAUCUCGGCACACUUAAUAAACCGCUGUUUAUGCACGCACUUUGCCUCACCAAUACAGUCGCAAUUGGUUAGCAUAGUUCAUAGAAUAAUUAAGUACAAUAUUUUUUAAGUAGUUGCUUAAAUAGGACAAUUAGUGAAAGCUAGGCUUGAAGACUCAUGAGGACAAUUAAUAAAAAUUAGGCUUGAAGACUCAGUAUCUUUGCAAAAAUCAUCCAUUUUGUAAAAUGAACUGUGUAAAUGGUAUUUUUAUGAAAACAGUGAAAGUUAAGGUUGAAGACACGCGAGGACAAUUAGUGAAAGUUAGGCUUGAGGACCACCUAAAGAUAUUUGAUAAGACAAAACAGUCUGGUGCAGCCAGACAGCGUUAGAAACCGGUGCAUAGAAAUUCCAGCGGAACGAAGGUAACAACAGAGCGUGGAUCGCGCCGCACGCAACCCACAGACAACCCCCUACGACAGAGGGUGAUGUGGUGCGACUCUAACGUGGGCGACGCGCAUGCGGGACGCGGGUUACUCCGGUGAUCGCUAAGCGAGUUUCUCGGAACGGCUUCAGUGUGCCUAUUGCAGGGUUCCAAUCGACACCCUCGCUUGUCGACCGCGUUCCGUCGUCGUCGGAGCAGCAGCAGCAGCAGCAGUAGCGCGCGCGCGCAGUUGCCACCGGCGGCGUAGAGCUUCAGCUGACUAAAAAGGGGUUAGCCCUUAGUUCCGACGUCCUGCAGCAGCUGUGCGUGUCGAAAACCGAACAGUGAACGGGUUCACGGCUGGGUAGUGGCAACCCAGCGGACGGUGUCUCGCGGUGUUCGAUCGGGGGCUUGGUGAGUGGUGGUGCUGGUGGUGCCGAGCCACGGGAACGUGGAUAUGCUCGGUUGGUGACUGCCCGAGAGCCGUGCGUGCGACACGAGGGAUGCGUACGUGCGAACCUCCCGGAGGACCCGCUGCACCACGUCGAUUCGCGUACUGACAAUGACACGUGAUAAAAAUGCGUGGCGAGCUCGAAACUGUGCGACGCGCGUCCGCGGCACGCGCGACGGUCCCGUGAGAACGUGCGCGAUCUACCCGGAUGAUGAAUCAUCACGAGAACGGCUGAACGAACGAAGCGGCCGCACUGCGUACAACAACAAGAGCCGGCUCAGGUGAAAGCGAGCGAUGAAGAAGAAAGAGGGGCGCGCCUAAUUGGAGAAUGAGCGGAUUUUUCAACUCGCUGAGAAACUUCGCGUCCGGAGCCGCGUACGCUGCCAGCUCUGCCUCGAAGUACGAAGAACUGGAAGUUGAAGACACAAAGAUGAGAUUUAGUCUGACUCCCCAGCCAGGAGAAAGCGGUUUCAUACAAUGGCUCGACGCGAUGAAAAUGGUGGCGAGGUUGCCCGGAGGAAUACCGCCGGAAUUUCGGAAAAAGCUGUGGCUGACGCUGGCGGAACGUCAUCUGGAUCAGCGCGGGGUGGACUGGAAGCAAGCUGAGAAGAUCUGCUUUAACGAGUGGAGUAAUCCUGACGAUGAAGAGCUCGGCAUACAAAUCGUUAAAGAUCUGCACAGGACGGGCUGCAGCCUAUUUUGCGGUGCUGCCGGGCGAGACAAUCAGGCGGUGCUGCGUCGCGUGUUGCUGGGUUUCGCCAGAUGGAACAAGUCCGUCGGUUAUUGCCAGGGCCUGAACGUGCUGGCCGCUCUGGUUCUCCAGGUUAUGGACCGGGCCGAGUCCGCCGCGGUGAAAGUGAUGAUCUACUUGAUAGAAGGUGUCCUGCCCGAGGGCUACUUCGCCGACAAUCUACGCGGCCUCUCGGUGGACAUGGCUGUUUUCAGGGACCUACUCCGAGCCAGGCUGCCUAAGCUGUCGAAACACCUGGAGGCGUUACAGAACGACGCCAAAGACAAGGCGACAGAAAAAUUCUAUUCAGGCAGCAGCUACGAGCCACCAUUAACGAAUGUGUUCACCAUGCAAUGGUUCCUCACACUGUUCUGUCACUGUUUGCCACAAGAGGCCGUUCUGCGAGUGUGGGACUUGAUAUUCCUCGAAGGCGACGAAAUUCUCCUGAGAACAGCACUAGCCAUUUGGGAAGGACUCUCAGAUCGUAUCAUGACGGUAACGUCUGCUGACGAGUUCUACAGCAUAAUGGGAGUCCUCACAAGAGAGAUGCUAGAGUUCACAGACACUAACAACCUCAUAAAGAACAUCGUCAGCAUGGGACCUCUGCACGGUGUGACGGGAUUGAGGGAAAAGCAUAGGUACAACAUUACACCCUGGGCUAGAAAGCUGAGUGAUGACGAUGACAGUGACACGGAAGAGGACGAGAGGCUAGCUGUAGCUGCUGCGAUGUUCAGCAUGGCACAGAGGCUGAAGAAAGACCGUCUACCGCAAACUCUGGGCGCGCUGCAGGCAAUGGCACCCAGCAGCGACCGAGAGCGACUAGCCCUGGACAUCAGCACGCUGAAGCAGCAAUACGCUAAGCUGCGCGAGCGUCAACGACAGGCGCACAUAAUACUUUCUGCUGCAUGUGCAAGGCAGACCAUGGUACCACCUCCCGCUUCUCAGGCCAUGAAUCAUCUUUUAGUGGGGAAAAAUGCGCUGGUGAGUGGGAAGAAUCGGCCCUUGAGCCUGCCUUCCGCUCCUACUACGCAGGCCAAGACCAGGCCCGUGGCUUUAAAUCAAAAUCGAAGGGACAGGCAAGCCGUUGUUACGCUACACUGGAAGGAUACCAAGAAGGCGAAGCAGAAAGCUAUCACCGCCUCAGGUGUAGCAGAGGCGACAGUGGCAGCGAUUCAGCCGUUCGAGGCUGACCUCUCGUCGCCGAAGUACAGCAACGGUGACAGCGACAGUGACAGCACCUCGACAGAAUUGUGCGACGAACCAGACCGGCUCAGCGACGUCGACAGCGAAGAUCUGACCUCAGCAUCGGAUUCGUACGUCGUGGCGAAGGACGAAGAGGUGCCGGGAUCCCCAGAGAAGAGUCUCGACCCUUCGUUACCGGAAAAAAAAAACGAACCCACGGACGUCGAGGUCACGAGAACUAACGAAGAGAAUUUGAACGACAUGUCGAUAGCCAAGAUCACUGAUCAGAUAAGGCGACUGUCGGCGGAGGAUGACAAUAAUUCGAUGGUUCCUCGGAAGUUCAGUGCGGAGAAGAGAGAAUCGGACGAUUCGUCGAAGGAAUUAGGAAAAGAAAAGUCUAUUGAUUUUUCUGUAGAUUACACGUCUGACAGUGCCACAGUUAAGAAAUCGUUAGCCUUGGACGAGUACGAUUAUUUAAGUUACAGUAGUGACAAAGCGACUGUCUUCAGUUCGAAGGAAGACGAAGUGCUGGUACACGAGAGGCACAGGUCCAAAUAUAUGACAGAAGAAAUUACAACGUCACAACCGAAUGUUACAACGUUACAACCAAAUAUUACAACGUUACAAGAUGUUACAGCAACGGAAAUAACGAGCAUGGACAUCACAUCUACUGAGGAUGAAAAAGAACCUAUCAAGCAAGAAUCUCCAAACGUCUACUCGGAUUUCUCAAUCUCAUACAACAAAUACGAAAGCAAGCCAAUUGACAUUGACAAACUUUACGAUUUAGAUACGAAAACUGAACCAGUCUCAGAUCGUUUCAAGUCCUACGAUUUUUCUAGCAGACUCUCUCUAGACACAAAACCAUACGAAAGCUCAAACCUCCCAGGUUUGACUAUUGACGCUUCAGACACGAUAAAUACUGAUAGCAUGAUUUAUGGCAAGACUUAUAUCGGUCAUCUUCCCAUCUCGCCACUGACGGUGGACAGAAAACUCGGUAUAACACCAACCAUACAUGGGAGCACCGUUCCUGAAAGCUUGAAACCAGAAGCAAUAGAGAAAACGUACAAACCAGACAUACUGCUAGAGCAAUACAAGUCAGAGACCCUGGAAAAACCAUUUACUUACUCCGACAAGAUACAAACAAAAUUAUUCUCAGACUUGAAGAGCCCGAAGACCCCAGAAAGCACGAAAUCCUUCGGCUCAGGCGAGACGAUGGGGCCAGACUCGAAGCCGUCGAGCCUGACGGUGAGUCCCAGGACUCCGGUCAGGUCUGACUCCCGGGACUUCUCAAUCGACAAAUCUGGAUGCUCGUCGAUCAGCUCAGACUCGAAGACUCUAGUCCGCUCGACGGACUCGAACACCACGAAGGACAGUGCCAAGAACGGUAUAAGGAUAUACGAAACGUCUCACAAUACGACACCCAUCAGCAUGGAUUCAUUAAAGAAUAAGUCCGACGUGAGUCCUAAGCUAGUCGUGAGUAGCUCCAGUGACUCUUGUAGCCCGGGUAAGCUAAAGUCUUCCGAGAGGUCGUUCAGUUCUGACCUCCAAUCGCCAAUAAGUGCCAACUCGAUAAAGUAUACCUCGAAUCUGAACAGACGAGGCCAGGACGACGUGUCCGGCUCGUCGAUGGACUUGAGCAGCGCUACCUCUCCGUUCUACCCGAUAGCACACCCGAAUCAAAAGACCCCAACGUCUCCCUACAGCGCCUCUAGACGGAAAUCGAGCCUGGACAGCACUGAGACUUCGCCAGAGCAAAAGUCGACAAGCUCGAGGGACUCAAACAAGUAUUUAAAUUACCAAACCAAGUUCGAUUCGUCUUUAAAGACCUCAGACACGAAAGAAAUGGAGUGUAGAAAGGAUGACAUAAUUAAACCUGAGUUCACCAUCAGAAGAGAGGACUCUAUGAGCCUGAGAAACGGUGGCGACGUUAGUUUCUAUCAAUCGAGUAAUGAAUACGUGUUUGACGAUGGGGGCGAUGAUCCUUUAUCAGAGAAAGACGUGGUUCCUUCGUUACCUCAAGAGAAACUGGAUAAACAUUACUUGAACUAUCGUUACAGAGAUCGAUCGAAGUUGUUAGAGAGAAGUUCUAGCAGUUUGGACAGUAGAAGACACGCUGACUUGAAAUCAUCGUCUUCUACUGACGAGUUCGCCACUUCGAUCGUGAAGAAGAGAUCCAGUGACAUUCUGGAGGACAUAAAACACUUGGAAGCGAAGGCAAACGAUGGCUCAUCGGACAAUGGGAUGCUGACGAAGAAGAGUAGUUACAUAUGGGAAGACAUGAAGUGUCUGGAAGCCAGGAGGCAAGACACUUUCAGUAACUCAGCGAGCACUUUUUCUAAACAUCGACUAGACAUUCCGAACAUAAGCGUGACAGGAGAAAACAGGUCAUACGUCGUGUACCCAAAAAUAAACAUCGAUGAGAACAGCGACAGUAUCCUAAAGACUGUAGCUUGCAGCAAGAGCGACGACGACGAUGACGGGAGGGAGUCGAAAUUAGGCGUGUGGACGAAAGUGAAGCCUAGGAAGAAGAGUGACAACGGCCGGAGGAACAGUGACAGAGCUUUAAAAAUUAUUCAAGAGAACUCCGCCAUAUUACAGAAGAUACUUGCGUGCCAGGCUAAAAAACGUCUGCCAGACCUCGAGGAGAUAUCGAAAGAAAUCACUAUCAGUCCUAUAAACGAAGAGAUUUCCAAAAUCUUCAGUCCUAUAUUAGAAAAGAUGGGAUUGAACGAGCACGAAAUUAACGAAGAGCUAGCGAGGAUUAAUUUCAAGGAUUUCGACAGCAUGACUGCUACCAGCGUCUCGGAAUUCGACGCCAAGAUCAAUGAAGAACUGUCGAAACUUUCCCUGAUCGAUGAAACCGAACAGAUGGACCAGCUGGACGUCGAGGACGUGAUAUCUCAUGAAUACUUAGACACGAGGGAGGCUUUGAUAGAUCGCAAGAUAAACGAGGAAUUGUCCAAACUAUUAGCCAACUACGAGGACUCGCCAUCGAGCAUGGUGAGCCUGGACAAAAGACCUCCCAGUCAGAACGUUAGCGAGAUCGAUGGCUUAGACGUGUCCAGUAUUUCGACGAACGUGUUCUCUUACAAAUCAUCAAACGAUUCCAUUGACACUCGAAGCGAUUCAACGCAGGAACCAAUCCCGGACAAAUUCCCUAAAUACAGUGAGAACUUGCCGUACGUAAGGAAGUACGUCGACGACUCGUCGCCGAAAAGCGACAUAGACAUAUACAGAGAACUGGACAAGUUGGAUAAAAUCUCCUCGGCACAGGUUUUGCUCGAGGACCCAGUGUUGGAGCUCCCUCAGAAGGAAUUGUCUUCAAUUCCCUAUGUACCAGUCACAUCGCCAUAUAAAGACGUGCCCCCAUUGAGAUACACCUCGAAGCCAAUUCAAUAUGACACCUCGCCAUUAAAGAGUUCUUACGAGCCCUACAAAUCGUUCGACUUCAAGCCUAAGCUGUCACCAAAGCAGGGUGGCAAUCUAUUCGAGUGCAACGACGAACAAGACACUUUCGAGUACAUCAAUCAUAAGUCAGAAAUGUACGAUUUACACCUGAAGAGUCCAAUGCUAGCGAAAGAGUCCUUGGAGUUUCGAGUCAGGUACGACGAGAAUACAACGAGGGACGUUGACACGGAUUACAUGUCCCUCCCAGCAGAGAGAUCGAGCAAGUCUCCUUAUUAUAGUAACGGUAAUAGUGAACACCCGUUGACACCUACGAAAUACCCGAAGGAGGACAGAUGCUUGAACGCUGCUGGGUCCUUCUUAGAGUCUUCAGAUUUACUCCAUCGUAAAUACGAGGCUUUGUCACCAAAGGAAUAUUCCCACGGAAAGGAUUACGAGAGGCACUUGAGUAUGUUGCCCUUGGAGACUGUCUCUGACGCUGGGUCGUACUUACCGAGGCACAGGGAGUAUCCUUUGUCACCAAAUCGCCAGUUCCCAGAGCAACCGUCUAUUAUUAAUCAUUAUGCCACGAAACUGUCCCCUGGUGUCUCUGAGGACUCUAAGAGACCCGUGUCCCACCCGGAAUUCCCUGGCAAAAUGACUAUCGGCAAAUAUACAGAGCUGCCUGAGAGAGGGUCGAGCAGUUACAAGAAAUCUUCGUUGAGUCUGGGCAACAUUGGGAAGGGCGAGAAUAAUUAUAACACUGUGACCAGUCCUAAGACCCAGUUCAGUCCGUUCCCAAUUAGGAACGCUCCGAGGAAACCGAAGGAACUGACGCUGAAGCUCGGUUUGUAUUCACCGAACAGUCCAGACGUUGGACAGUCGAAGAGGUCAUAGUGCAGAUCGAAUGAAAUUUUGGUUAAUUAAAUACGCGCGCGCGCGCGCGCGGGCCUAAAUCGUUCUGGACAACAAUCGACGUGUUGCGUUUAUUAAUCCGACGUGAAAAAAAAAAAAAAAAACUGAAAACGGUGUAAGAAGAGUUAUUAAAAAUAUAUUAUUAUUCGAUAUUUGGUAAUAAAGUGUGAAAGUGUCAGUCAGCAGUGUUAAACAAGGUGCAUUCACUCACUGUCAAAUAUUCUCCUUGUAAUGCAGAUCGCCGGAAGGAAACUACAUUAUCGAUUGUAGUAAAUAUCAAAUUCUGUUAACGAUUUUUACUUCCCGAUGUGUUUUUCUAUCAUUUGAAGAUUUGAUCAUCAGUUUUAGACCCUGGGAACAGAAAUUGGUACAUUCUAUGAUGCUUCUGAAGAUUCUCAAGUGAAAAACAGGUCCGGAAGCAGAAAUUAAGAAUCACACAGCGUCUGUCUGAAAUUUUGUGUUGUAAAAGAGUAACCAAUGUUAAUUAUAAAACAAUUUCUCGCAACUGUCGACUAACAGCGAACAUUUUUUUACGAGCACGGCUUGUAACGACGGAGGGAGGGGAUGGAGAGUGGAAGUUAAUAGAAAUCCUUGAUUUCUGAAAAACCUCGUUAUCGCCGUUUCGAUUAUUCGGUAAAUUGCGAUAAGUAGCCCUCGGCUGAUGGAAGAGCACGGAAGCUUUUAGAAUGAUAAAGAGCGCGAGAACUGAGAAAUGUUACAAAAUGCCUUCCAUUCCUUCGAACGCGAUCCGCUUUACUACGGCGAUCCGGCAUGCGAUCGUAAAUCACCCGGGCGGCGAUCACGAGACCCCGUGGUAACGUGGAAUUUCCUUCGAACAGAUACAAUAUAUAAUACAAAAAGCAGAUUGUAUAAAAUUAUAGAAAUCGUUACCACCGCCGAUACAGAACUUCAACCCCAGAGUUCGUACAACCCUUUUCACGAGUUUUUAACUAUUCACCUGAAUCAAUAAUUUUUAUAAUUAAUUAAAUAAUUGAAGAAAUGGCUCAGAAUUUAAAUAAUUACAUUUGAAAAAAUUCUAUAAAAAUUGGCCUUUGUUAAAAAUUAUAUUUCUUGUUAGAAAAAUUUGAAAACUUCUGAGGAUUGUACUUGUUCCUCGCAGAAUUAAGGGGAGUUUCUGCAUCGGUUGGUUACAUGGAGAGGGCAGAGAAACAAAUUGUACAUACAUAACUAAAUAGACGUUUAUUGUAUAUUGUUAAAAAAAAAGAGAGAGACAGAGGGGGGACCGACGAGAGGGGUUGGAGAGGGGGUGUUCGAGAGUUGCUCCAAGUCUUUUUAUAUAAAAUAAAAAGGUAGUAUUUUUAGAUGUUUCUAAUAUGAACUCCUCGUAUUGUCGCCGUCAUUUCGAACAUAAUAACGAGCUUAGCCGAGUUUCAAACGCAAACACAAAUUGAAAUUAGUUCCUGUCACGAUAUCGUUUUGAAUUUCAAAUCAGCCUACAAUUUUCUUGCAACUUUUUAAACGCCACCGAUCCCGUUUCGUAUAAUUGAAACGGAUUCUCGUGACUCAGCGGACGUUCGAUGAAUUUCAUUUGAAUCGUAAGAAACCCUCGUUUCGUUUAUAUGAAUUUUCGGUCUAUCGUAAAUCGGAUGACAGUAAGAAUGAAUUAUUAGGGAUACAGAUUGACGAGGCAGCCUGAAAGUUUCGUUUAACGGAUGGUAUAUACGUUAACGAGAAGACAGAGUAUAUAGAUAGAUAACCAACGAUUUAUUUUCAUCCGCUUGCAUAGCGAUAUAUAUAUAUAUACAUACAUAUAUAUAUACAACGUAUGUCUGUCAAUCAUUACGUCCAAUUUAAUCGAUGCCAGGUAGAUUCGUCAAUUCGCAACUCGAUGCGUGCAGAUUUUUAUACGCGCUCUUCGAACACGAGAAUAUGUCUAUAUAUUAGAAGUGCAGUUCGUAAGUCUUGGGAUUUAUUCACGAGUUUAUUAAUAAAUAGAGCAUUGAGGGUGUUUAUAAAAAUUAAUUGGCUUCUAUUCGAUUUUGGUUUUAUUUUGGAUAUGAUUUUAAUAGGCUCUUAUGUCAAAUUUCGAGGUACUAUGUUUACUCGAUUUUUUUUCUGCAAAUCUAAUGCGUGGAGAAUUCUGAAAUAAAUCAGGGAUGUUCUACUUUACAAGCAGUACGUGCCAGAAUUUUUUUGAAUUUUUUUGAAAAUUUUGAAAUAUUGGAAAAUUCUAAGGGGUAUACCUUGAAUCACGAUUUUCGAUAUAUUUGGGAAUUUAUUUCUCCGGUUCUAGUGGAUGGAAAUUGAUGAGAAAAUUAGGAGAUGUACUACUAGACGAGUACUAUACGUGAGAAUUUUUCCAAAUCGAUCCAUCGAUUAUUUAUAUUAAAUAAAAAUUGUCAAAGUUGACGAAUUUUCAUAUAUCGCCAGAUUCCAAGGGGUACACCUCGAAUCACGAUUUUCGGUAUCUUUGGGAUUUAAUUCCUCCGGUUCUAGUGGAUGAAAAUUGAUGAAAAAAUUAGGAGAUGUACUACUGGACGAGUACUAUACGUGAGAAUUUUUCCAAAUCGGUCCAUAAAUUAUUUAUGUUAAAUAAAAAUUCAUAAAUAUUGCAAAUCUCAAGAUUUUCGAUAUUUUUGAAAUUUGUGUAGUAAUUCCAAACACAGUUUAGAUAAAAAUUGAUCACAUUUAUUGGAAUCUUAGAUUUCAGAAAUCACGAUUGAUUCUAUUUAAUGUUUCGUAAUUUUCUAAUUAGAAAUCACGUAUUUUGUAAUUCACUCCUAAGACUUAUGACUGGAAGUGUAAGUACAAAGUGAGUUAAUAAGAAUAGUCAUAUAAAAUGAUUAAUCAUUCAUUUAUUUCAAUAUACGAAUUAAUAAACGCCACAUUUGAAUCGACCUGAUUGAAUUAAUAAAUCUUUACUACAGUCAAAUGUAUGAUAUAAUUAAUACAUUCUUUUACAAUUUUUCUAAACCCUUUUAACUCGAUUAUAAAAUAAAUUAAUAACUCAUACCUCGACGACAAUUCUUAUUGACCCACCUUGGAUAAAUACUGACUAAUUCCUAUGCGAUUUUCUACCAUUGAAGAGAAAAGAAAAUUCUUAAUUUCUAGUAGCUGUCCACGUGCCUGCACCAUCUCGUUCCAUCGAAAUUCGACGACGAUUGGUGAAUGAAGAGAAAAAUCUGCGCGUGAGAACGAAUGUACUAAAGCGAGACGUGUCAGUAUUAAAGAAAAAAAAAAAACUGUAUUCACUUUCCUCUGCGUCGAACGUAAUCUAAGAAGAAUCACGCUUUUUAGAGAGAACUCGCGUGCGCUUUGGAAAAAAAAGUACGUAUAGCUUUCUAGACGAUCCUCUGAUAUACCCAGAAGACACGAAAUAAUUCCCAAUCUGAACGAUCUACGGAAGCGAACAAGUACGAAGUAGAUCACAGCACGCGAAGCUUAAACGAACUCUCGAUUGAAAUGAACAAACCUGAUCGUCUAUCAUAAGAAUUAUAUCGACGAUUUUUAUGCGGAAUAAAAUAUUUUCAAUUGCGAUUUUUCUAGAAUUAAAUACCACCCCAUGGCCAACUGAGUGUCGCGUACGGCCCUGAGCCAGGGCAUAGGUGGGGAUGCGUUAAAUAGUAUAGCCCGCCGAGUCACUGUCACGAAUGUGACUACCGCGCGUGGUGGGGCGAGCCGUAAGAGUGUGGAGAGUACUUGGCCAUGCCCGUAGCAAUAACAACUACUCGUUGUUUUCCAUUGGCCACACUGUAAACGGUUGAAAAUUAUUAUUUUUUACUAUCGUAAAGAUCGACAGUGACUGUAACGUUACCAAAGAAUUCUACUUAACACAUAUAUAAUAUUUCCACUUCAUUUGUUCACUUACACCAUGAUAACUGGACGGGACGAAGUAGAUUGGGUCACGUUCGUCGGUCGGCCAAAAAACUCAGUGAACCGAAUCAGUUCGGACUGCCUGCGAACGGGUAUAGAAAGUAUUCGCAAAAGGUGCUUUAACGAGGCAUUGACGAAUGAAACUAUCUAGGAUCUAGUCGUUAAGGGUGCAUCGGUGAUUAGAUUUUGUUACCGCGGCGUUGUAAAUAAUUGUCGGCACGAUCAGUUUAAGCCUGACAUAAGACUGUAUAUUUGGCAGCACAGAGAUAUAAGUCAUUAUCAGUAAAAUAAAAUAAAUAUAUUGAGAAAUU